GUCAUUGGGCAACGCAGUUCAUCUAAUCGGUCUGAAAAGGGUUCUUUCCCAAAUAUGGCAAAUCCAGGCCCCGAUGACAAUCAAAGAAAUCAGCAGCAACUACUUCCAAUUCAUUUUCUCAAACCUAGAAGACAAAGUCAAGGUGCUGAAGGGAACAAAUUGGCUAAUUGAUAACCAAUAUCUAAUCCUUAGAGAUUGGUCUGAAAGCAUCAAUAGUCAACACGAAAGCUUCAAGGAAUUGGAGAUAUGGGUUCAGGUGUGGAAUGUCCCAAUCCACUGGACGUCUACAGAAGUUGGACUCAAAAUUGGGAAGGCUUUCAAAAGAGUCAAGAAUGUAGUCAUCCAAUAUGGUCCACUAGCUGGGAAAUGUCUAAGGAUGCUAGUAACCAUUGAUAUUGAGAUGCCUAUUCUCAGAUAUGCAUGCUUGCAACUGGAGGGCACCACGAAGAUUGUUGAAUUCAAGUAUGAAAGGUUAGUGAACUUCUGUCAUUAUUGCGGGAUCAUUGGUCAUUUGGAUAAAAAUUGUGAAAAGCGGAUGCAAGACAUGGACACUGGAAACCUCAGAGAAGGAGCUUAUGGGGACUGGCUUAAAGCUCAUGACUACCCUCCCUUGGGACACUAUCAACAGACCAACUCAAAUUCAGAAUCUCCAUCUCCUACUCCAAACCAAAAAUCUCACACUCCUUCCCCCUUAACUGUUAAGGUUAACCCCCUCAACACCAACCCAAACACAGACACCCCAUCUUCAUCCAACAAUACCUGCAAUCAGAACUCUACCAACCUAAACCCUCAUAAUAAGCCCUGUAAUCCUCCAAUCUCCCCUGCAUCAUUGAUCCAACCUCUCUCACCAACCAAAAGCCAAUCCUCCUCACCCAUUACCCCAAACACUAUCACUAAAAUCAUUCCACAUCCUUCUUCCCCCAGAACUGACAGCUCACAUCAAAUAACCCCCAUGGAAACCUUACCUCUCUUCAUCCCUGAAGAAAACACCCAGAACCUUCAAAUAGUGACCUGUCCCCAACCUGUAGACAUUAAUCUGCAACCAUCUCCAACCCCAACUCAAGCCAAUCCCAGUAAAAAAUGGAAAAGGAAGCAAGUCUCCCUCAGCAAAGGG